UUUGGGGUCCUUUUACUUCACGUGUGCGUCUGCUGCUCUGCCAUCGUGAGAGGAAACCAUGCCGAAGUCUAAGAGGGACAAGAAAAUUUCGUUAACGAAAACAGCCAAGAAGGGGCUGGAGUCAAAACAGAAAUUAAUCGAGGAGUUACGGAAAUGUGUGGACACCUACAGACACCUGUUCAUAUUCUCUGUGGCCAAUGCGAGGAAUAACAAACUGAAAGACAUCAGGACAGCAUGGAAACACAGCAGAUUCUUCUUCGGCAAAAAUAAAGUCAUGGUGGUCGCCUUGGGCAAAGGAGAAACAGACGAAUACAAAGAUAAUUUGCACAAGGUCAGCAAGUAUCUGCGAGGAGAAGUAGGAGUACUAUUCACAAAUAAAACAAAGGAUGAGGUACAAGAGUAUUUCGAUCAUUUCAAAGAGAUGGAUUAUGCGCGGGCAGGGAACCGGGCACAGAUGGACACAACUCUGGAUGAGGGACCCCUUGAACAGUUUCCUCACUCCAUGGAGCCACAGCUGAGGCAGUUAGGACUCCCCACUGCUCUCAAGAAAGGAGUGGUGACGCUGCUGAAGGACUAUGAAGUCUGUAAAGAGGGAGACAUGCUGACUCCUGAGCAGGCUCGUAUUCUGAAACUCUUUGGCAUCGAGAUGGCAGAAUUCAAGGUGCACAUCAAAUGUAUGUGGAACUCAGAAACCGGUGAAUUUGAGAACAUUGUUGGUGGGGAAGAGUCUAUGCAGGAAGUUAAUGAGGAGGAAGAGGAUGAAGAUGCAGAAUAAAACGUCUGCAAGGGCAGAAGAUUGUGCACAUCUGCGUUUCUAAAAGUCAGAGACUUCUAAGAGAGGUAGAGGGACGUUGAUGUUGAAACCAUUAACCCUGACGGCGCUGCUUCCCCCGGAGUCUCUAAUAUCUCUUCUUAUCACCCCAAAACAUGGACUUCUGUUCUUGUUGUUCAGUAAACACUGUUUACUGGAGUCAGAAGACGUAAAUAUAUCUUCCUUAACCCAUUGACGCCUAAAACUUCCUGUAAAACCUCUGGGCGAUUUUAAAAUAAGCCCCUAAAACCUGAAGUUUAUCUGGAAAUUCAACAGAAGUGUCAACGCUUCUACUAAAUAAUUGAUUUUUCAGCCUCUGUAACAGAUAGAAAUGAAAUUCAAAAAGUAUUUGAGAGCUUAUACAAAUACUACAAAACGACGUAUCCGCUUUCCAGGCUUCAAUGGGUUAAUAUGUUGAUGCCAACAUCAACGUAAUGAGAAAAUGUUUUGUAUUGCAUGCAAGUAUUUUGCCAUUAAGUGCAUGUCCUUUCAUGUGUAAAACCAAUCUGAUGCAUUCUAUGUGCAAGAAAAAGACGUUUUGUUUUGAGAAUAUUGGCUUUCUUUUUAAUGUAACAGUUUAAUUAAGGCAGACUCCAGAAAAGGUAUUUUUCCAUGGAAAAAAUAUCUAUCAAGUGUUCAUUUUUACAUUUGUACAUUAACAAUGAAAUGUUCUUCACAUGUUGGUCUCCAAUUGAUUCAUUCAUUAGGAUAAGAAAAAUUUCAAAUGUCAUUCUGGGACAAAGUAAUGAAGGGAAAGAGACUCUAGCAGAUCUCUUUUCUGUAUAAACGUAUUGAUUGGACUGAGAUUUUGGCUGUUCAGCGGAAGUAGUUUGGACACUCGUGAGCUACGAGAUUCCAGGCCUCGUUGAAGGCGGAGACCACCCGCUCGUCCAGAGGACCC